UAGCCCGCGUCCGCGAAGAAGUUUGUGGGGCGCUUUCUCACCGGCUGGUCCGGGACGGACCUCGGGCGCCUCGCUCUUCGGUGACCGCCCAGUUCUCUCGGGAUUCUUUCUCUGUACUUACGGACGCUCGGGACACUCGGUAAGGGAAGCUGAGGACUGGCAGGGCCAGUGCGGAGGAGAAGCGCGGGGGAGCCCGCUCGCUGACAGCGGCGCGGCUGGACGAGGACGGCGUUGGGCUCCGGCUCGCCCGGAGCUUCGCCUACCUUCCCGCGGCCCGUGCGCGGGCGAUGCUGCGGCCCCGAGGCUCGGCGCGGCGAGUACGGAGGGCGCCUCCCAGAGCCUAGAGCUGGUUUCCGCCCCCCAAGCCAGGGCAAGUGGGCAUGGAACAGUGAGAGCCCCUCGCUGGGCGAGGCCGCGCGCGGAGGCUCCCCAUGGCCGGGACGUACAGCUCCACACUGAAGACACUGGAGGACUUGACCUUGGACUCCGGGUAUGGGGCCGGCGACUCCUGCCGCUCGCUCAGCCUCUCGUCUUCCAAGUCCAACUCGCAGGCGCUCAACUCUUCGGCGCAGCAGCACCGCGGGGCAGCCUGGUGGUGCUACUCCGGCUCCAUGAACAGCCGCCACAACAGCUGGGACACGGUGAACACGGUGCUGCCCGAGGAUCCCGAAGUGGCCGACCUCUUCUCGCGCUGCCCGCGGCUCCCGGAGCUGGAGGAGUUCCCCUGGACCGAGGGAGACGUGGCCCGGGUGCUCCGUAAAAGCAUCGGCGGCCGGAGGCUGCCCGCCUUCUCGGCCGAGGCGGUGAGGCGCUUGGCCGGGCUGCUCCGCCGGGCGCUCAUCCGCGUGGCCCGAGAGGCGCAGCGCCUGAGCGUGCUGCACGCUAAGUGCACCCGCUUCGAGGUGCAGAGCGCUGUGCGCCUGGUGCACAGCUGGGCGCUGGCCGAGAGCUGUGCGCUGGCGGCCGUCAAGGCGUUGUCCCUCUACAGCAUGAGCGCUGGCGAUGGGUUGCGCCGUGGCAAGUCGGCGCGCUGCGGCCUCACUUUCUCCGUGGGCCGCUUCUUCCGUUGGAUGGUGGACACUCGCAUCUCCGUGCGCAUCCAUGAAUACGCGGCCAUCUCGCUCACGGCUUGCAUGGAGAACCUGGUUGAGGAGAUCCGGGCCAGGGUGCUGGCGAGCCAGAGCCCUGAUGGAGGAGCAGCAGGAGGCGGAGAGGUGUCUGCAGAGGCCUUGGAGAUGGUCAUCAACAACGAUGCCGAGCUCUGGGGAGUCCUGCAACCCUAUGAGCAUCUCAUCUGUGGCAAAAACGCCAAUGGCGUUCUCUCUCUCCCUGCCUACUUCAGUCCCUACAACGGUGGGUCCCUGGGCCACGACGAGCGAGCUGAUGCCUACGCUCAGCUGGAGCUGCGAACAUUGGAGCAGUCUCUCCUGGCCACAUGCGUGGGCAGCAUCUCAGAGCUGAGUGACCUGGUCUCUCGAGCCAUGCAUCACAUGCAGGGGCGCCACCCCCUGUGCCCAGGCACCAGCCCUGCUCGCCAAGCCCGCCAGCCACCACAACCCAUCACAUGGUCCCCUGAUGCUCUUCAUACACUCUACUACUUCCUGAGGUGUCCACAAAUGGAGUCCAUGGAGAACCCCAACCUGGACCCCCCAAGAAUGACCCUGAACAAUGAACGGCCCUUCAUGCUGCUGCCACCACUGAUGGAGUGGAUGCGGGUGGCAAUCACCUACGCAGAGCACCGCCGCAGCCUCACCGUGGACAGUGGCGAUAUCCGGCAGGCAGCCCGGCUGCUGCUACCAGGCCUGGACUGUGAGCCCCGCCAACUCAAACCCGAAUGCUGCUUCAGCUCCUUCCGGAGGCUGGAUGCUCGAGCUGCUACUGAAAGAUUCAACCAGGACUUGGGCUUCCGCAUGCUCAACUGUGGGAGAACAGACCUCAUCAGCCAGGCCAUCGAAGCCCUGGGUCCAGAUGGGGUGAACACGAUGGACGACCAGGGUAUGACACCGCUGAUGUAUGCCUGUGCUGCUGGGGAUGAAGCCAUGGUCCAGAUGCUAAUUGAUGCUGGAGCAAACUUGGAUAUACAGGUUCCAAGCAACUCUCCCAGGCAUCCUUCCAUCCACCCAGACAGCAGGCACUGGACCUCACUGACAUUUGCGGUGCUGCAUGGACACAUCUCUGUAGUGCAGCUGCUGCUCGAUGCCGGUGCCAAUGUGGAGGGCUCGGCAGUAAGCAGUGGGGAGGACAGCUAUGCUGAGACACCCCUGCAGCUGGCUUCUGCAGCUGGGAACUAUGAGCUGGUCAGCUUGCUACUGAGCAGGGGUGCUGACCCCCUCCUCAGCAUGCUGGAAGCCAAUGGCAUGGCCUCUUCCCUCCAUGAGGAUAUGAACUGCUUCAGCCACUCAGCUGCCCAUGGCCACAGGAAUGUUCUAAGGAAGCUCCUGACUCAGCCACAGCAGGCUAAAGCAGAUGUGCUGUCCCUAGAAGAGAUCCUGGCUGAGGGUGUGGAAGAAGGAGACACAUCGAGCCAGGGCAGCAGUGAGGGGCCUGUGAGGCUAAGCCGGACCCGCACAAAGGCCCUGCAGGAGGCCAUGUACUACAGCGCUGAGCAUGGCUACCUGGACAUCACCAUGGAGCUAAGGGCACUGGGUGUCCCCUGGAAGCUGCACAUCUGGAUAGAGUCCUUGCGGACCUCUUUCUCACAGUCACGGUACUCAGUGGUGCAGGGCCUCCUGAGGGACUUCAGCUCCAUCAAGGAGGAGGAAUACAACGAGGAGCUGGUGACAGAGGGCUUGCAGCUCAUGUUUGACAUCCUCAAGACCAGCAAAAACGACUCCGUCCUCCAGCAGCUGGCCGCCAUCUUCACACACUGCUAUGGCAGCAGCCCCAUCCCCAGCAUCCCAGAGAUCCGGAAGACACUGCCAGCCAGGCUAGAUCCUCACUUCCUGAACAACAAGGAGAUGUCAGAUGUAACCUUCCUAGUGGAAGGAAAGCUGUUUUAUGCACACAAAGUCCUUUUGGUGACAGCAUCUAACAGGUUCAAGACCUUAAUGACCAACAAAUCAGAGCAAGAUGGGGACAGCAGCAAAACCAUUGAGAUCAGUGACAUCAAGUACCACAUCUUUCAGAUGCUGAUGCAGUACCUUUACUAUGGAGGAACAGAGUCCAUGGAGAUCCCCACGGCUGACAUCCUGCAGCUGCUGUCAGCGGCCAACCUGUUCCAGCUGGAUGCCCUGCAGAGACACUGUGAGAUCCUGUGCUCCCAGACCCUCAGCGUGGAGAGCGCAGUCAACACCUACAAAUACGCCAAGAUCCACAACGCCCCGGAGCUGGCCCUAUUCUGUGAGGGUUUCUUCCUCAAGCACAUGAAGGCCCUGCUGGAGCAGGAUGCCUUCCGGCAGCUCAUCUAUGGCCGAAGCAGCAAAGUCCAGGGCCUGGAUCCACUGCAGGACCUGCAGAGCACCCUGGCUGAGAGAGUACAUUCUGUCUACGUCACCUCCCGGGUGUGAGGCAGAGAGGAGGGUGACUGCAGGUGUGCAACAGUCUGCUAAGGCCAGGACACAGCCACCACUGACACCCUCAGUGAGGGAGGCCUAUAGGCCCUUUGGAGCUAGGCAUGUGGGAUACUUCCUGCUCUUCCCCCAGAUAACCCUCGGUGGUGUUGACUGAUCCUGGAGUGGGCAGACAGCCCACUUGACAGUCGCUCAAUCAGUAACUGCCAAGGCAGUGUGACAUCGUUUGCACCUUGAGGGCUACCUUGUGUCCUCUUCCGCAGUGGUUCAGCAGCAAGCUGAUCCACCCCAGCUCCAGCUCUACCAUCUACCUGGCCAGGGUUGUGAGGAGCAUGGACAUUCUUAGGAAUGGGUGAUGUUAUCCCGAGCCCCAGGCCACUAAAUGCAAUAGCUGGUAUCUUUCCCUAAAUGCCACACAAAGGAAAGGCUCUCCAAAUCUGUCCCCUAAGCUGUGCCUUUGAAAGGGCGGGUGGCCCGUCUGUGAAGACUGGGCCUUUAGUGAACCUCCUGCAAGACUACUAAGUUGGAGUCUGAAUUUGGAGCUUCUGAGUUGAGGGUGUGACGGGGUACGGUACAGGAACACGAGGACCUCAGCUCCUGCUGCUACAGCUGGCAGCCAAAGUGAAGAGGUAGGCUCUAGGGUGUCUGGAGACUCAGGCAGCAGUGCUUCGGUGGCCUCUCAAGUGCAAGCUUCCUUACACUCAGGACUGGAGUACAAGAGCACACUUCUCACUGGGAUCUGUGACUCUUGGACAUGAAGGACAGGGCCUUGGUGGAAGAGAAGGGGUGUUUCCCACCCCCCCAAUCUUGGCUUCCCAUCCUCUGGCCUGUUUAUGGACAGACGCUGGGACAGCAUCGAGAACAGCUACCUUAAAAACUAUUUAUUCAUCAGAAGCCCCUGGGGCUUGCAAUCCUGGAAAAUAUUUUCAGCUCGGCUGCUUGUGCUGGAUGUACAAAAGAAUGAGUGAUAUUUUAUUGCUGUAAUAUUGUAUGAUACUGUAACUAUACCUUAAUGUUGUCACUUACUGUAAAUGUACUAUGGUUUUAUCAACAAUAAACACUCAUUAACAAUG